AGGUAAAAAUGGCUGUACAUCAUAUAAAUUGAAUUUCCCGUGGAAUGAAAUGAAAGUGAAAGAGCGGAAGACUUCCGGUAAACAAACAUUGGAAAAUAUUAAAAGCUCGGAAAACAUAUGGAAACGAAACCAGAUUUUACUAUUUUCGUUUUUGUGCCGUAUUAUUUUGGUGUAUUAUGGCCGCAUACAUGAUUAUUUGUUUAAGGUACAGUUUACCGAUGUUGAUUACAAAGUUUAUUCGGAUGCAGCGGAAUACAUUUACCAUGGACAGUCGCCAUAUGAACGAGCAACAUAUCGUUAUACUCCACUUUUGGCUUGGUUAUUAAUGCCAGUAGUAAAAUGGCCUGAAUUUGGAAAAAUUUUAUUUUGUGCGGUAGAUGUGGCAGUUGGCUUUCUGUAUUUUGAAUUAUCAGCCUGUAGAUGGACAGCUUGCAAGGAUAAAAAAAGUGUAGUGAUAUUUUGGCUUGCAAAUCCAUUAACAGCCAUAAUAUCAUCAAGAGGUAAUGCUGAUGUGCUUGUAUGUGCUGUCGUUCUAUGGACUUUAUAUUUACUUAUGCGGAAUCAGUGGCGAUUAGCAUCCUUGGUUUAUGGGCUGCUAGCAGUACACGUGAAAUUAUAUCCAAUUAUUUAUUUACCUUCCAUUUUCUUGUCUCUGUCCAGUGUUUCUUUGUCAUCUGGAUGGAUCGAUUAUAUCAAACGAUUGAUUUCAAAUGUGAAAGGAUAUAUUUUUGUAAUGAUAUUUUCUUCUAGUUUAUUAGCAUUGACGUUCAUAUGUUAUAUAUUAUAUGGUAUGCCUUACGUUAACGAAGCAUUACUUUAUCAUUUGCACCGUACUGACACACGACAUAAUUUUUCACCCUACUUUUACUUAUUGUAUCUGGCAGCCGAUAAUGCGCAACUCUCUCGGCUUAUAGGUUUUUGUGCUUUUAUACCUCAAGUUUCACUCAUCAUUUGGCUUGCUUUCAGAUUUCAUGAUGAUCUCCCAUUUUGUUGGCUAAUUACAACGGUCGUAUUUGUUUCAUUUAAUAAAGUAUGCACUAGUCAGUAUUUCAUCUGGUACAUUUGCUUAUUACCGAUUGCUCAACGAAAUAUUGAAAUUUCAACCAAGACAGCGGUAUAUUUGAUAAUUUUGUGGUUUCUGGGACAAGCUUUUUGGCUCUGUCCUGCAUAUUUAUUUGAAUUUCACGGGUUGGAUACAUUUUGCUUAAUUUGGCUUUCUUCAUUGUUCUUCCUUGCAAUCAACACAGGAAUUAUUGUUCAACUGAUUCGACGACAUGAUUCUAAAAGAAAGCGAUAG